ACUAUUCUCGAGCAUGACUGAAAGGUGUUUUUAGAAAGAAAAACUUCUGUUUUCUUUUGUAUUCUUUUUUUCUUUGGAGUCAAAGUGGAUGGGAACGGUAAGUGAAUUUAGUGAGGGAAACCAACUUGGAAGUUAGCGUCUUAGUCUUACAGCUGCUGAUACCUUCCCUCAUAAUGUGACUUUCCCAUGUUAGGUGCCUUCUAGAUAUCCUUGGGAGUACAAAAGAGCCUCACUCAAUUCACGUUCUAGGCUUUUAUGUGUUGCAUUUUGUUAAAUGCUGAGCCUUCAAGAGGGUUCCAUCCAAUAAGAGCAACCUCGAAUCUAGGGCAGUGUUUUACAUGAGUUUCCAGAUCUGAGUCUUUUCUCUUUAGUCUUUACAAUGAUGUGUGCUAGAAAAUAUUGAUGAGGUUGAUGUGUUGAGUCCUUGCUCUAAGUAUAUCUACACACACACACACACAGAGUAGCAUACUUGUGUUGUUCAGUGUGUGGAGUGUGAAUCUGUGUCCAAUUCACCAUUGUGUGAAAAUGGCUCCGAGGCUAGACUUUUCCAAUUGGUGGACGAAGGAUACACAGAAGGGAACACCGGUAGUGGUGAAAAUGGAGAACCCCGCUUUCUCUGUUGUGGAGAUCAAUGGUGCAGAUGCUGCAUUCAGGCCAGUUGAGAAAAGCCGUGGCAAGAAUGCUAAGCAAGUCACAUGGGUGUUGCUUCUCAGGGCUCACCGUGCUGUUGGCUGUGUCACUUGGUUUGCCACUGUGCUUUGGGCGUUGCUGGGGGCCAUUAAGAAGAGGUUGAUUCAUGGACAAGGUGUGGCUAUGGAGAGUGAGAGUGACAAGUUGGAAAAAGGCAAGUUUCUGUUUAGAGUCAUUAGAGUGUUCCUAGUGACAUCCUUGGCAGUUCUGGCCUUUGAGGUUGUUGCUUACCUUCAAGGUUGGCAUUUUGGGAACCCCACUUUGCACAUUCCUCGUACUUCUGAUUUGGAAGGAUUGCUCCACUUGGCUUAUGUUGCUUGGUUGACGUUUCGUGCUGAGUACAUUGCUCCUCCUAUUCAGGCACUUUCCAAAUUUUGUGUUGUUUUGUUUCUUAUCCAGUCUGUGGAUCGCAUGGUCCUUUGCCUGGGGUGCUUUUGGAUCAAAUACAGGAAGGUCAAGCCAAAGAUUAAUGGGGAUCCAUUCAAGAGUGAUGAUGUUGAAGGAUCUGCAAGCAAUUAUCCCAUGGUUCUGGUUCAAAUUCCAAUGUGCAAUGAGAGGGAGGUGUAUGACCAAUCCAUUUCUGCAGUCUGUGGCAUUGAUUGGCCAAGGGAUCGUUUACUGAUUCAAGUACUUGAUGAUUCUGAUGAUGAGAGCAUACAGUGGUUAAUUAAGGAAGAGGUAUCUAAAUGGAGCCAGAAGGGAAUCAAUAUAAUCUAUAGGCAUCGCUUAAUAAGGACUGGAUACAAAGCUGGAAAUCUUAACUCUGCAAUGAGCUGUGACUAUGUGAAAGACUACGAGUUUGUUGCUAUUUUUGAUGCAGACUUUCAACCAAAUCCUGAUUUUCUUAAGCGAACUGUGCCACAUUUCAAGGACAAUCCCGAACUAGGUUUGGUCCAAGCUAGAUGGUCUUUUGUGAACAAGGAUGAGAAUCUAUUGACGCGUCUCCAAAACAUAAACUUAUGCUUUCAUUUUGAGGUAGAACAGCAGGUGAAUGGGGUAUUUCUCAGUUUUUUUGGUUUCAAUGGAACUGCUGGUGUUUGGAGAAUCAAGGCCCUAGAAGAAUCCGGGGGCUGGCUAGAGAGGACAACUGUAGAAGAUAUGGACAUUGCUGUCCGAGCUCAUCUCAAUGGUUGGAAAUUUGUCUUCCUAAAUGAUGUAAAGGUACCAUGUGAAGUUCCAGAGUCAUAUGAAGCUUACAGGAAGCAGCAACACCGCUGGCAUUCAGGUCCUAUGCAACUUUUUAGGCUGUGUCUUCCAGCAAUUGUGAAAUCUAAGGUGUCUGCAUGGAAGAAAGCAAACUUAAUCCUGCUAUUUUUUCUGUUGAGGAAACUGAUCCUUCCCUUUUACUCCUUCACCUUAUUUUGCAUAAUUCUUCCUCUAACCAUGUUUGUACCAGAGGCAGAGCUUCCUUUGUGGGUGAUCUGCUAUGUGCCUGUGUUUAUGUCACUUCUUAACAUUCUUCCUGCUCCAAAAUCUUUUCCUUUCAUUGUUCCCUACCUCCUUUUCGAAAACACCAUGUCCGUCACCAAAUUCAAUGCAAUGGUAUCUGGGCUCUUCCAAUUAGGAAGCUCUUAUGAAUGGGUUGUGACAAAGAAAGCUGGCAGAUCAUCAGAGUCCGAUUUACUGGCUGCUGCAGAAAGGGAAGCCAAGUCAAUAGAACAACAAAAGAUUCAUAGAGGAGCUUCCGACAGUGACCUUAUGGAGUCACAAAAGCUUGUAGAGCACAAAGAAGCAGCUCCAACAACUGUUAAGAAAACUAAUAAGAUAUAUAAGAAAGAGCUGACUUUGGCAUUCCUCCUUCUCACAGCUUCUAUCAGGAGUCUGUUAUCUGCACAGGGAGUUCACUUCUACUUCCUGCUUUUCCAAGGGGUGACCUUCCUCCUUGUGGGGCUUGAUUUGAUCGGAGAGCAGAUGAGCUAGUUUUCGUUCAAAACAGCAUAGACGAUGAAUGGAAAAUACCUUUUACUGGUUUAUCAGCCAAGUGGCAGUCCAGCAACAAAAUGAAAAAAGAAGUAUAGUUAAAUCCUUUCUUUCGUUUCUUUCCAAAAAUUCACAGUACAGGUGUAUCGAAGGCAUAACUGAUUGCAAGUACCAAAGCAAGGUUCCUCAAUUAUCCAACUCUAUAUCCAUUUUGCAUUCACACGAUUCAUCGCAAGUAUUCCUUAUAGGGCAUUACUCACAUUGUACUCAUACAGGUAUUGAAUAUUUGUUUAAUGGUAUAGGAAGUGUAUAAAAUCUUCAGUUUUCUUCAUUGUGUUAUUGGGAAUGGGAGUUCUGAUUCCAAAUGUCUGGAUGCAGUGCAUCUAGCUUGAUAUAUGUCGAAUGAUAGGUGCCUUCAUGGUAAAUAGAGUGUGUAAAACAGGACAUCUUUCUGUACAUUCAUUGUUAUCUAAUUUAAACAAUAAAUUUUAUUCUUCCAA